AUGGCAACAAAGUUCGAAAAGGCAGCAGAUCAAUCAUACCAUCCCAAGGGAUAUGGAAUGUCACCUUCUCUCAAAAGAGCUCGAAAACCAUUUAUCUUGAGCAACGUCCUCAUUGGAGGCACUCUGUUUGCGUUUGCCGUCGGAGUGUAUGUAUAUUCCAUUUCGGCUGUCAAGCAAGAUGAUUUCUCUGAUGUAGAAGAUCUUCUACCCCCACUCGAAGAGCGACGAAAGCUUGUCUCACUAGAAGAUGAGCAGCGUGCAGCAGCAGGUAAUUUGCAAUCAAUUGCAUCUGUAUUACCUUUAGCUUCUCCAAGUAGAUUAUCACAAGGUCCUCCUUCUGGUGCGACCGAUCCAAAUCCCACUCCAUUGCCAUAUGCAACGUCAAGCGCUGCAUCUCCAUCAAAAUCUAUACCACAACCUGAUACAUCAGGAGCCACCUUACCUCUUCUUCAAGAAGGAUCAACGUCGUCCAAGUGGGGGGUGAGAAGAAUAAAUGAAUUGGAAUGGAUUAGGAAGAGAGGAUGGGUGGAUCCCAAAGGAAAUGUCUUAGUUUGGGGUGCUCCAGAUGUAGAGAGGCUUGGAAGGAUUUCUGGCGAUUCUCAAGGCAGAAGACUUGUGUAA